AUGUCGACAGAUUUGUUUAUCAUCUGUAAAAUCAUAUUAUUAUUAUGUGGAUUAUGUUUUCAUGUGUUGGGAAUAUAUUGUUUGUUAAAACAUAAACAGAACAACAACAACCAGAAAGUUAUUUUGAUAAAUUUAAGUUGGAUUGAAAUAACAUUAAUUCUUACUACUGGAACGAGUGAAUUUUUUGAAUGGUAUGAUGAUCACGGCAAACGUGAACCAAUGAGUGAAAACAUACUGUACUUUGUCCUUUACUGGUUCAUGGCAGCAUACUGUAUGGCUAUGGUUUUAACAGCAGUCGAUCGUUUGAUUUGUGUAAUGUUACACAUCAAGUAUACUUACCAUGUCACUUCAAAACGUUUAGUUAUCGUUGCAACAUUAAUGUGUGUUUCUAGCGCAACUUUAGCUAUACCGUUUCUUCUUCCAAAUCAAAACGAAAAUCACUUGAAGAAAUAUUCUCAAGUGUUUCCUUCUAUAUUGAGCUAUCUAUACGUGCUGUUGGCUAUCUUUGUGUAUGUGAUGAUUAACUAUAAACGCAAAAAAAGAAGACGAAAUCUUGGCAUUCAAAGUGGAAGGGACAAGAAUUUUCUUUUGCAAAAACAAACAUUGAUUCCAUUCUGUAUUAUUUUAUCCUUUCUUUUACUUGUAGUGCUACCUCAGUGUGUAUACCUAUGGAUACUGGACCGACUCAGUGCUUCUGCUAAAGUGAAUAUCGAGUCAGUGAUUACAGUUAUUUGGUACACUAGUUUCAUUGCAGAUCCUGUUAUUUAUGUGUUUUUUAACAAGAAAAUGAGAAACAUUGCAAGAGAUCUUUUGUGUUGUAUUAGCAAACGGAAAACACGCACCGAAUGUGCAGUUGUUAAAGAUCUUGCGGUGGCUGAUGCAAGCUGA